AGUGCGAAGGACAGACAAAAGAGUGCAGCCGGCUGGAUUUUAAUACAGUCUGCCAGUAAAGCCAAGGCUCUCUUGACAGUGAUUUCCUUUCCAGCAGGACCAAGAUUCUGCAACUCACUGUCCACAGUGAGCAGUGCCAUCGUUAGAAAAGAGGGAGAGGCACAAAAAAUGUAUUUUUCUUGAAUGUUAAAAUCUGGAGAAGAAUUUUAGCUACAGCCUGACAACUGCAAUAAGAAGACGAAGACACAAUCCGAAGGACGAUAAAUCAAUAACAGUCCAAGGUAACCAUGCCAACUGGAGGAUUCCAGAGGAGCAAAUUUGCCCUGUUUAUGUUGGCUUUGCCGGUCAUUUUGCACGUCUAUGGAGUCCAGGGAUGUCGGAUUGGCUCUGGGUCAGAGUGUGAGAAUGCCCCGUUUGUUCCGGGGUACAACCUGGCUGGGGAGGGUUUUGAUGUGGUGCGGAUGCGUCGAACAGGAGCGUAUGUCAUCAAUGUCAAAGGUCAUCUGGCUGACAAUCACACCUGUACACUGUGUCCAAACCCCUUUCAAAAUGGCAAGAUUCAGAGGCUCCCAGCAGCAGUGCUUGACUGGCGUCCCUUCAGCCGCUGCAGUAAACAGCUCUCUAGCGCCCUCCACCACUCUGUAGAGUCCUUGCUGCGCAGCUCCAGCUCCUUAGUUAACAACAACUGGGAUCUGGGUUUGAGCUUAGAUGAUAUUGGCAAGGCAGUGAUGGGAGGAAGCCGCUCAGACUUGGCGAAGUUUGCUCGUUCGCAGCACAGUGUGGACAAAGCCACUUUUGCCAUCCAUGAAAUCAGUUGCUCCUACUACAGCUACAGGCUGGCUGACCAUCCCCAGCUGAGCACAGAGUUCACAAAGCAUCUGCAGAGACUCCCACAGAGUUUAAAUACAAGCCAGAGCAGAGCCCUGUAUAGACGGCUGAUUGACACCUAUGGAACACACUACAUACACCAGGUCCAACUUGGUGGUAAAGUGAAGCGAAUCACAGCCUUCAGGACCUGCCUGGCCACACUGAAGGGCUUCUCAGAGUCUGAGAUCAAAAACUGCCUGAACGCUGAGCUCCGCAUAGCUCUGGGUUUCCUCCCUGCCAAUGUAUCCUUCUCCAACAAGUGUGACAACCUCUUGAAGGGCAAUAUGAGCAUGGGCUUCUAUCAAGGCUUCAUGACCCAUAAGAUUGAGGUGAUUGGAGGGGAGAGGUACUUCCCCGACAUCCUCUACCAGCAGGAUCCGUCCGAGGCCUACCACAGCUGGAUGAACAGUCUCCACGACAACCCUGAUGUGGUUUCUUAUGCUAUCUUCCCUCUGCAUCAUCUGGUGGAGGACUCGCAGAUCAGUGAUAACCUGAAAAGCACUAUCACAGAGUACAUUAAAGAGAACCAGCUGAAGGAGGACCAGCUGGGUUUAAAAAAUUGCUCCCCGACCCCCAACCUGGACCACAACUGCUGUCCGUUUCGGGCUGGCAGAGGAACUCUCAGACUGGAGAUCCACAGAGCUGCUGGUCUGAAGGCAGACACCUUCACGAAAACAGACGCCUACAUUAAGAUCUUCUACAACGGCAUAUACGAGGAGACGGAGACAGUGAUGGACGACAAUAACCCAGUAUGGAAUGUGACUUAUAACUUUGGCUCAGUGGAACUGGGUCAGGACUUGAGGUUUGAAGUCUGGGAUCGGGAUGUGCUUUACAAUGACUUAGUAGGGAAGUGUCUCAUCUUUCCUGAGCGAGGAACUCAUUCUCUAAGCUGUCAACUGCGCAAAGGAGUUCUCUAUUUCACUUAUACCAUCAAAUGUGAUUCUCACUUGACCGGCUUCAGGUGUGGACGAUACUCGCCCAAUGCCGAGUAGAUUAUGAGAUUACAGCAUGUUGUAGGUGAUUUUACAGUAGCUUUUUCGUAAUGAAUUAUAACUUAAGUUUAUGGAUUUUUAAAGAGUUUGUAAGCUGUAAUUUUCCUUGUAUUUUCCCUGAAUUGCUUGUCAACAUUAAUGUAUUCAUACCAGCCACCACUGCCUCUUUUUUCCUCCACACAUUUCAUAACUUUUACUUACUAAAAUCAUAUUCGAGACAAGUGGCAUUCCCAUCCUUACAAGAAAAGAAGUAGUUAGCUGUCAGUUCUCUUCUAUGUAACUGUCUCAGUAAUAUUUAAGUAAAAAUUCUUU